UGCAGACUAAUUCUUUCGAAAUAAACAUCUAGAGGAGGCGGUUAGACUAGCCAAAUCGGUCUUGAAUUUUUUUUCUCAAAACGAAUAAUACUUAAAGGAAAAAAGGAAUAAAAAAAGCUUUAAAAUGCCCAGCAUCAAGUUGCAAUCUUCGGAUGGGGAGAUAUUUGAUACAGACAUCCAGGUCGCCGAACGCUUCGGAAUUAUUAAGAGUUUGUUGGGGGAUUGCCCGGAGGAUGAUGAGAAUACCCCUGUGCCGCUGCCCAAGGUAAAUUCCACGAUCCUCCGCAAGGUUUUGAACUGGGCCCAACACCACAAAGACGACGUGGAGCCCACGGAGGAUGACGAGAACAAAGACACGGAUGAGAUAAGCUCCUGGGAUGCCGAUUUUCUAAAAGUCGACAAGUCUAUUUUGUUUGGUAUCAUAGCCGCUGCCAAUUAUUUGGAAAUCAAGGAACUUCUGGAGCUCACCUGCCAGGCGGUGGCCAAUAUGAUCAAGGGCAAGACUCCGCAAGAGAUACGCAACAUCUUCAACAUCAAGGAUGACUCUACCUCUACUCGUUCCGAGGAGCAGCAGGCUUAACCUUAUGUCAUACAAAUACCUAAUUUAUGUAUUUAAUUAAAACAUAUAUUUUAUAAUAAAUAUUGUACUCCAUCAUUCUGCGCCAAAUAUUGUAA